AGCGAAGAAGAAACAACAUCCGGUUUAUAUUUGAACAAAUUCAAAACAGAAAUGAAACAAAAACUAACAUUUCUCUGCAAAUAAACCGCAUUUUACCGAGUGGUUCACAUUUCAUAAACCGUUUCACAAUGUUGACCUGUGACAUUUGUGGUGAGGAGCUGCUGCUGGAGGAGGACCUGAAAACUCACCUUUUACUGAGCCAUUUGGAGAACACCAUGGACUGCCCCCUCUGCUCUCUGUCUGGAGUCUCCUACGACGAACUCGGCCUUCAUAUCAACACGGCUCACCCAGACAAACAAAACACGUCUCCUAUAAGAGCUAAUCACCAAACCAAUCCCUCAACGAAUUCAGAUCUGACUAAAUAUCUGUCGAGUCCUGAAUUAUUCAUGUCUUCAGAUUGCAGUGGCCUGGACAGUGAAAAUUCUUCUACCUCUAGCCCUUCUCCUGUCAGAUCUAAAGCGUGUGCCAGUAGUCAUACGAGGAGUUCAGGUUUGAGUCCUUUGAGACAGAAAACACAGGGUAAGAAGCUCAACAGUGAAGCUACAGGUGGAGCGGACAAGAAGAAACGAAUGAGCUCUCCACACAAAGAGCGUCGGUUUGUGUGUCCCGUGUGCGCCUGCGUCUAUAGUGACUCUUUCAGCCUCCAGGAACAUGUGGAGCUGCAUCUGGACCCAGCGCAGAAAACACAAGGGCAGAGUCAGUUCCAGUGUCCCAUGUGCUCCGUCGUCUGCUCCAACAGUUUUACUCUUCAGGAACACGUGGAGCUGCAUUUAGACCACGAGGCGUCUGUGAACGCGAGUCCUGGCUCAGACCUGAAACUGGCCCGAAGACUUCAGGAGGAAGAGGAGCAGAGGAGGCGAGAGGAAGAGGCACGACUGGAGAAGGAACAGUUCAAGAAGCUUCAGAAGGAGUUUGGCCUGGACGGCACUGGGGGCUAUCGUAAACAGAUGGAGCAGAGACUGGAGAGAGCUGUGGCUCGUGGACUCAUGGAUCCUGCAGAGUUUCACUGUAAACGAGCGGAAAUGAUGGAGUCUUUAGCGACAGGGCGAGACGACGGCCAAACCAGGACUCGAGGAGUGUUAAAGGCCUUGUCAGAGCAUUUCCAGUCUGAAGGCGGAGACUGCGUCCACGUGUGGCUGUGCGGAGACACCGAUCACUUCUGCUCCUCAGACGGGGACCGAGGCUGGGGCUGCGGAUACAGGAACUUCCAAAUGCUGCUGUCCUCCCUGCUCAGGCUGGACCAAUACACUGCUGUCCUGCCAGACAUGGCGGUGCCCAGUCUCCCUCGGGUGCAGCGUCUGAUCGAAGAGGCUUGGAGCGAGGGCCUGGAUCCACACGGGGCGUCCCACUUUAACCACAGACUCCAGGGAACAAGAGCCUGGAUCGGAGCCACGGAAAUAUACAGUCUGCUCACCUCACUGCGGGUCAGGGCUCGUAUCGUGGACUUCCACCAGCCCACAGGUCCUGGAGACACCCACCCCCGCCUGUUUGAGUGGGUCAGGCAGUACUUCCACCUGGGACAAAACAGCGGCAGACUCCCUCCUCGGAUCAUCCACACCAAACUCCCGCCACUUUACCUGCAGCACCAAGGUCACAGUCGCACGGUGGUGGGGCUGGAGCAGAGGAGGAGUGGAGCGCUCUGUCUGUUGAUGCUGGAUCCUGGUUCUUCUUCCUCGGACGUUAGACGAGUUCUCAGUCCAGACUCGGUCUCCGUGGCUCUGCGACAAAUGCGCAAGUUUCCCUCUGGACUGAAGCACAGGCAGUACCAGCUGGUGGCAGCAGAGGGCGUCCUGUCUGAGCAAGACAAACAGAUUCGCCUCUUGAAUUCAAAGGCGUUACGCGCCGAGCGGAUCCCGUGACCAGACCCUCGUCUCAGGACAAACAUGCUGCUCGUAUUUAUUCUGUUGUGUUUUUCCUUAAAUAAACAUAAUGUCUUUUAUCUUCCU